GUCCAUCCCAUCAUCCCAUACUGGGAGCUGGUGGCUAGUUUAGCUUUAGCCUCCUCUCUAUUAGCACCAUCGCUCUCUCUCUCUCUCUCUCUCUCUCUCUCUCUGCAGUGGGAUUGCCACCAUCAACAUCAAAGGCACCUCCCUCCCUCACUCUCUCUCUGCAUCCUCCAACAGCCAACAGAAAACAGGAAGAAAAGAAGGGAACGACAUGGACUAAAGGAGAAGAAGAAGAAGAGAGAUGUGUUCACUCCAAUGAAGCUCGUCCAUCCACAUUAGGAAUCCUGCACCUGUCUCUCCCUCUCUUACACCAUGAGCAUCGUAGCUCUCUCGCCCAUGGCCCCUGAGCCACCGUCCCCCAUGGUCACCUCCAUCACACCCGUCACCCCAACCGUGGACCCCGACAGCUCCACUUCCCUCGCCGCCCCUCUCAACCUGGAUCUGGACCAUCAGUCCCAGGAUGAGGCCUCCUUGCUGGGCCCCGGCCCCAGCCACCUGGGCCAAGACCCCUCCAGGAGGUCUAAGAAGCCCCCGCCCCUCCACACCGGCGCCGACUGGAAGGUCGUCCUCCACCUGCCAGAGAUAGAGACGUGGCUGAGAGCGACCAGCGACAGAGUCACACAGCUCACACACUCGGUGGGACAAGACAGCGACAACAGACACGUGGAUGUCCACCUGGUGCAGCUCAAGGACAUCUGUGAGGACAUCUCGGACCAUGUGGAGCAGAUUCACGCUCUGCUGGAGACGGAGUUCUCCCUGAAACUUCUGUCCUACUCCGUCAACAUCAUCGUCGACAUCAGGACGGUGCAGCUGCUGUGGCACCAGCUGAGAGUGUCGGUCCUCGUCCUGAAGGAGCGUCUGCUGCAGGGUCUGCAGGACUCCAACGGGAACUACACCCGCCAGACUGACAUCCUGCAGGCCUUCAGCCAGGACCAGCACCAGACUCGUCUGGACGCUCUGACCGAGGUGGAUGACUGCGGUCAGCUGACCAUUCGCUGCAGCCAGGACUACUUCUCUUUAGACUGCGGUAUCACGGCCUUUGAGCUGAGCGACUACAGCCCGGGUGACGAGCCUGACGCCCGGGGGGCGGAGCCAGACGCCCAGGACGCUUCCGAGGAGCAGGAGCAGGAGCUCGAUCGAGCCCCCGACCUGAACCCGGAGCUGGGGUCAGCGGAGAACGAAGGACCCUGCUCCUCAAACCCUGAGCUCCACAGCAGUUUACCUGAACUCACCGCGGCCAGUGACCUCACAAACCACAACCAUUCUAUGUCAAUGUUACCCACAAUGCAAUGCAGCAUGCCCAGCCACAGUGAAAGUGCGAAGCGCCCGCUGCAGGGUGUGAGCCACAGCACCGAGGUGUCGCCCACUCAGCCGUCGCUCCCCAAGAGAGCCGCCCUGUUCUCAGACAGAGGAACCGGCGUGCAGGACUCCAGGGGAGGCCUGGGGAAGAACAGCCCGCUCUCUGGGCUCCAGUUCCAGGCCGAGCUGAGCAGAAGCACCCCCUCUCUCAUGGAUCCUCCGGACCGCUCCAAGUUCUGGUUGGAACUGGACUCGGUUUAUCCAGAAAAUGUUUCUCAGUCCUACGAGAGCCUGCAGGUCAUGAACGGGCGAAACCUGCAGAGGAACCACGUGAGCUCCAGACACGGCGGACGCUCAGAGGGGCGUCAGCAAAGACCGCCGACCGAGCAGAGGAGCUCAUCUGCGGCCGGACCGACCGCCGACGCCCCCCCGCCUCCGCAGGACCCGGCGUCUCCGGAUGGAACGUGGAAACAAAUGGAGAAGACGCAGAAGGAGACACACACACACAGCGAGGGGGACUCCGACUCCUCGUUGCCCUCCCCCAUGAGGGAGCGAGUCCUCUCCUCAGACCUGGAGGCGUCUGGAGAGGAGUCGGACCCCCGACCACCUCCCGGCAAGGCGGCGGUCUGGAUCGUGAAGCGCCAGGGGCCGAAGGGGGGCCAGGGUUCGUCAAAGGCCAGUCCGGACCGGGAGCACUGGUACGGGUCCGAGGAGUUCCUGGCUCUCCCGGCUCAGCUCCGUAAGACUGAGAUGCUCGCCAUGAAGCUGGAGAGUCUGGCUCAGUCCAUCCCGCCGAGGCCCGGAGACUCUACCCAGGAGGCUUUGCAGGAUGUGGACGACUGGGACCUGACGGAGCUCAACCCGGACUGGGACGUGGGGGACACUGUGAGCAGUGUGGGGGAGAGCGGGGACGACGUUCCCUCCCCCCUCCCCCCGCUGCUUCCUUACAGGCGAAACCUGGUCAGCCGUUUCAGCCCCACCUCCUCCAGCGAUAUAGCGCCAUCAGUGGGAGAAAGCAUAGAGUCCGGCCCCUUGAGCGACCUGCAGUCCGAGGACGACGAUGAGGGCCGGAGGUCGGCGGACAUCCACCUGCAGCCGACGGCGCCUCUGGUGGACGGACGCAGAGGUGCGUCCCUGGUGCACCAGCUGCUGGAGGACAUUCAGAGUCAGGACAAGGACCCCGACAUCUGGAGGAAGAUAGAGUGCUUCGUGCAGCAGUUGGACGGGUUCAUCUCGUGGCUGCAGGAAGCGUUGGACAGCACGGAGAACUGGACUCAGCCCAGACAGGAGCUGGACAGCCUGAGGGUGUACCUGGACACACACCUGAGUUUCAAGCUCAACGUGGACAGUCACGGCGCUCUGAAGGAGAGCAUAAUGGAGGAAGGAAGAGCGCUGCUCGCCGUCAUCACCUCCCACCAAUCAGGUCUGAAGGAUAUCCUUCAUAUGGUUUCCAGCCAAUGGGAUCAGCUACAGCGGCAGAUCCGGCGCCAACAUGGCUGGAUGCUCCGCGCCCUCCGUUGCAUCCAGGCCCGCCUCCUCUACACCGGCCAAUCGCACGAGCUCUUCGCCGCCUCGACGGAGCCGUCGGCCAGUCGGCUGGCUCCGUGCCCGGCGGACGGCCUCAAGGCCGAGCUGAUCUCCAGUCAGUGUGACGCCCAGCGAGCCGCCCUGGAGCAGAUGGCCGUCAAACUGAGCAGCCUGCGCUACCCGUCGUCCGCCAGCAGGAGGCACUACAGUCAGCUGGCCAAGAGCAACAGUCUGCAGGAGUUUGAGGCUGAGUACCAGGAGCUGUGGGAUUGGCUGAUGGAUAUGGACGCCAUGGUAACGGACAGUCACCAGCUGAUGAUGUCAGAGGAGCAGAGGCAUCACCUCUUCAAGAGCAGCCACGCCGAGCUGAUGAUGAUGGAGAGCAGGAAGACCGGCCUGCUGGGCCGAGCCGAGUCUCUGAAGAGGAGCGGCACCGAACUACCCAGCAGCUUCCACUGCAAAAUACACAACCUGACACACACCUGGAGUCAGCUGGAGAAAAUCCUCUCGGAGCAUUCAGGGCCCAGUUCUUCGCAGAGGAAGCGGUCGGCGAGCGUGAACUCUCUGCUGGUCGGCGGUCGAGGCGUCGCUGCGGAAAACCCUCGCUCGGCGCUCUCCCCUCUCACCAACUCGCUCCUGGAGCAGCUGGAGGCUCGCAUCAAAGAGCUGAAGGCGUGGCUGCGAGACACCGAGCUGCUCAUCUUCAACUCCUGCCUCCGACAGGACAAAGACGCCGCGGAGCAGCUGCGCAGCUUCAAGGCUCUGUGUUCGGAGGUGCGAGCCCGACGCCGAGGAGUCGCCUCUGUUCUGAAACUCUGCCAGAAGCUGCUGCAGCAGAGCCAGUCGGGCCCCAUGGCGGAGGUGGGCCCAGAGGCGGAGCAGCACCGGGAGGCCCUGCAGCUGCUGUCAAUCAACCUGGAGAGGAGGUGGGAGGCAAUCGUGAUGCAGGCGCUGCAGUGGCAGAACCGACUGAAGAGAGAGCUGGGAGAGCAGCAGGUUCCUGGAAACUUUCUUGAACCGGGUCUGGUCGACCUCCACCAGAUCAGCCCGGUCCCGGCCGGUCCCGUGGCACCGGCGCCGGAUGACUCCUGGGAAUGGGACGAGACCGACAUGACGAUGACAGAACCAGAGCCGCAGGAAGCACCGGAGCCCGACCUCAUGCUCCACCUCCCCUCAGAACCGGAUCUGCCUCCGGACGGCGCUCUGUCCAACGGGAAUCAGCCGGACAGGGUUCGAACCGGCGUCCCAGCCAAUCAGUGUCCUGAGAAUAUGUCCAGUAUUAUGAGAGGAUCCUCAUCAGAGGUCCAGCCCAGCUUGUCCUCCCAACCCGUCCCCCCCAACAACAACAUCUACCAGGUGUACAGCCUCCAUAACGUGCAGCUCUACAGACAGCCGCCGUUUCCUCACACUCCUUCCUCUCUGCUCAAAACCAAACCAGGGAAACAGAAACAACAACUCCUGCUGAAGAGCCUGAGUAAAGACUCCUCCUUCUCCUCCAUCGAGUCCCUCCCAGACCUCCUGGGGGGUCUGGUGUCAAACAGCCAAGGAGGAGAUAGGAUCACGGGAUACCGGGACGGGGAGAGCGAGCGGGAGGGCGGCAGAGGAAGCGGCCAGUCGGCGAACAGUCGGCGGUCAGAGUGCGAGAGUGGGAUCGUCAGUGAUACGGGAGACAUGGAGACGGCGACCAACUCCGAAAUCCAGGGAGAGGAAGAGGAGGACGAGGAGGAGAGGAAGGAUGGAACCAAGUUCAACCAAAGAAUCAAGACGGAGGAGAAAGGAUGGAGGAGAAACAGAGAGGAGGAGAAGAGGAGGAGGCACAGGAGGGGAGGAGGGGAGGCGGUCGAGAUCCUGAUCAACGGGCGAGGGAUCCUGACGCCCGCCGACUCUGACUCUGACUUUGAGGUGGGUGGACAUUCCUCCAAGCCCUUCAAGCCCCGCAGUGACAUCACAGCGUUCAAAGCUGAGCAGUUUAACGGCCUGGAGACGCCUCCCGCCAUCAGCCGCCACGCCUCCAGUCCCGUGUUAUCCCAGGGCUCCUCUCUGGAGUCGCUGCUGGCGCUGGGCGUGGAGCUGUUUCCCUCCAAAGACCCGCUGCAGCGUAGCGCCUCUCUGGAGAGCUGCCUGGCCCCAUGUCGCGGCGCUGAGGCGGAGACCGGGGGCAGCAUGGCGAGCCUGGGGGAGCUGGACCUGGGGCAGAGCCGGGAGGUGGAUGGAGAAGAAGCGGGGAAGGAGGAGAAGGUUGAACAUGCGCAGGGAGAACCGUCCUCCGGGGAGCUGAGCCGAAGAACCCUCGACCUCCUGAAGCGCCUGGAGGACAUCCAGAGUCCUCUGGCGGCGAAGAUGACCCGCAGCGUUUCUGACAUGACGCUUCGGAGCAGCUCCCUGCAGCGGAGCAGACUUCCCGCCUCCCCCUCUCUUGGAGGCCGACACGCGCCCCUCUCUGGGAUCUCGGGCUCCUCCCGGAAAGGACCGCCGUCUCUGAUCAACGAGAGCUCAGCCACAGCGUCGCUGACGGAGCUGAGCAGCACCGAGGACUCGUCUCUGGGCUCCGAGGAUUUCGCCAUGCUCAGAAAUCAACGCCACAUCUUCCUGGAUCCCACCAUGGCGGCAAACGCCAACUCGGGCUCCUGUAGGAAACGUUGCCAUGGAAACAGCCGGGGAGGGCAAGGGAUGGAUGAAGCGGACGCGGCGAGUCUGAGCAUGGUGGUGAACGUGUCUUCGGCGUGCACAGACGAGGACGAGGACGACAGCGACCUCCUUUCAUCCUCCACGCUCACGCUCACCGAGGAGGAGCUCGGCGUGCGGGACGGAGAGGACGAGGAGGAGGACAGGCUGAGCGGCGCCUCCUCCGGCAACGAGGACGACGAGGAUGACGAUGAGGAGGAGAUGGAGGGCUCCUACGUGCUGGGGCUGGAGUACAUGAAGAGGGAGCUGCAGAGUUGGAUCCGAUCUCCUCGCACCUCCUCCUCCUCUAAAACCGAGGCGGGCCUCCGUGACGAGCUGCAGUGUGGGACCCACCUGUCCUCCGCCUUCACCGGCUCCUCCCAGAACAAGGAGCCGCACUGUUUUCUGAACCGCUCAGCCGCAAAGCUGAUGGAGACCAACGCUAACAGUGGCAACAACAAGGUGAAAAGAGAGAAGAAGGAGCAGCAGGAGGAGGAGGAGGAGGAGAACAGGAGGAACGCCACCAGAAGCUACAUCAGCCAGUUUGUAGACGACGUGGAGAACGGGAACGUGGAGCAGAGCUGUUUGAAAGGGAAGGACGAAGACGACGAGCUUCUCAGGGAGGAGUCCAGCGUGUUCACCAAGAAAGGAGAGUCGCUGAGGGAGGUGUACGUGUUCGCCAAAACCGGAGAGUCGAUUCAAGACGUCGGCGACCUGAUCGUGAAAACAGAAUCAAACUCAACCAAGGUGCCGUCUUCAUCGCCGACCCGCGAGCUCCUCCCGCUCAAACGCGCUUCCUCAUUGGUGGGAGAGCUGCGGGGAGAGCUGCCCUGUCACAGCUCCUCCCUCCCCUCGCCUCCCUCCUUCUCGCCAGUUGAGGACUGCAGAUCCCACGAUGCUAUGCACAACAGCAGGCCGGCGGUCGGCGGCAGGAAGGCCAUCACCAUUCAGGAGAAGUUCAAGUUCUCGUCGUUCGUUACAGAGGAGACGAGGAGGGAGGUCCGAGACAAGGACUCGUCCCUGCCUCCGAAAAGACGCCACAGCUCCCACUCGUCCUGCUUCCACCACCUCCCCUCCCCCUCCUCCGCCCUGCAUCCCUGCGGCGGGGACGAGGGCAAGAAGGAGAACGUGCACGACUUCGUGAUGGAGAUCAUCGACUUGACUUCGCUGGCGCUGAAGAGCAAAGAGGAUCAGCCUGAAGAACCGAACCGGGCCGAGACCGGCGGGUCGGGUCCAGACCACAGCUCCGCAUCACUGACGCAGAUCAGAGACAAGGUGCUGGAACACUCCCACCGGCCGCUCCACCUGCGUAAGGGAGACUUCUACUCCUACCUGUCUCUCUCCUCCCACGACAGCGACUGCGGCGAGGUCAGUCAGUGCUCCGAGGACAAGAGCUCCACGCCGGCGCCCUACAGCAUCCCGUCGUACGUGACGCCGACGCAAGGCCUCCGCAGCCCGAGCCCCCCCGAGCUGUUCACCAGCACCUCCAGACGCUCCUCCCCCAUCCUCGACUCCAGGAGCAACCUCUGCGCCCUGGAUCUGACGUCAGCUGAGAGCCCCUCCCUGUCCCUGCCCCCCAGCCCUGACAUCAGGGAUGAGGAGACCCUGUUCGCGGCCUGCACGGAGGAGGUUUACCUGGGCCCGCCCCUCUGCUACAGCAUGGCGCCCACCAGGAAGCCGCGGAGGAACCUGCUGAAGGAGGAUUUGUCUGGCUGCAGUCCAUCGCACUCAGAACCGAACGGUACCUGGCCUCCAGAGGGGCCCGGUUCCAAACCUGGUAAUAGUCUGAGCCGCUCGUCAGACCGGGAUCACCUGGAUUUCCCGGGGUCCGGCCCCACAGUGCCAACAGAAGAGACCCAGAGCUGCUUCCCUCCUCUCCUGGAGCCUGGCUACAGCUCAUUUUCCACCUCCUCGCCCUCAGCCACCGUCUCCUCGUCCUCCUCCCGCUCCCUCCGGGGGCCCGGCUCCACACCGAAAGACGGCAGCCCUCCCUCUCCUCCCAAUGUGUCCUCUGGCGCCGAGGAAGAGAAGCAAGGUGAGGACCCGUACCUCCUCUGUGAUGUCGCUGGAGGAGAAGUCGCGGUCGCUGCGAGUGUCAGUGCGCCGCGGGAGGAGAGGAGUCGUAAUGAGGGGCCUCCUUAUCUUAAUCCCUGGGCGCGUGUCGCCCCGAUAGACUCCUCCGCAGCCGAAUGUUUGGCAGAUACUAAAACGCUUGAAUCCAAUAUGGGCGCCGUAAUGACCAAGAUAAGUGUCUGCAGCUCCGCUACAAAUCCCUCAAAAGAGCCAGCCGCCACGCGUAUUAAUCCCAAAAUUAACUGCUCGGCGAUGAGAGAGGCUGAUAGGGAGGAGGGGGGGAGGCGAGGAGAGGUGGAUGCUCGGCGGGUGAAGCAGGAGGAGAAGGGGAGACGAGGAGGGCGGAGCGGCUCGCAGCAGGAAGCGAAGACAGUGGCGGCAAAGCAGGUGAGCGCUCAGUCGGCUGUCAAUCAUGCCACCAGAGCAGCACAGGGGCGGAGCCAGGCCUCAGUGAGACACCCCGCCUCCAGGACAGGGACAGUUAGGAGACUUCCUGUGUUGGGAGCUGGAACCUCCAGGAUCCAGCUAUAAGGGAGCUCUCUCCCUCUCCUCCCCGCUGAGCUGAUCUCUCUUCUGGGCUUCGUCUCUCCGGCUGCCUCCUCCUCUCUGCUUCUGGAGCUUGUCACUCCUCUGAUCUCCCAGAAUUCACAGCUGUUGACCGAACUGAUCUUUAAAAGUCUGGACAUUUCAGGGUGACCUUCAGGUUGAUUCUUAUGUGUUGUGAACAGAUCCAGCAGGGAUCACUGAGCCUGCUCUCCGACAGGUUUGUGAUUGGUCGUGAAGCAGCUUGUAGAGUUUGGCUGAGCUUUACAUUUCUGAGGACAAUAUAUAGAACUUACAUCCGAAUACAGUUUCAGCAUCAUUUCUAAGAGUUAGGAAGAAACGUAUGUAGUGAAAUUAUAUCCAACAAUUUAAAUGUGGAACAAAACAGCGUAUUGAGUUUAAAAUCAGGUCGAGUUUGAAUGAGGAGAGAGAUGUUUCACUGAGUCACAGGUCUGAGAGUUACAUGUUGUAGUUGUUACAUAAGAUUCGGCUGAACAGAAAAAAAACACAUUCACCGACAGAGAAAUGAUGCAACACAAUCAGAUGCAUCUUCUUAUGAACUUCAUGUUUUUUCAGCUUGUUUUGAUGCGUCAUGGUUUGACACUGCUAGAAGAAUUCACUCACGCCACUCGAACUGUGUUAAACUGUAUGAAUUCACGAGUGUGUGGCAUCUGAAGGACAAAUGAAACACAGACACUUGUUCGUCUGAGGGCUGAUGUGGAGAAAUGGUGUUGAGUCGACCUGGAAUCAGCUGGAUGCUCCUGCUUCACACCCUGAUAGACCCGUCUUCCUUAUUGUGUUUCCUUAUUUAUCUUAUCUACUUCCUGUUCUUUACUGGACCUGAGUCAGUCUGGUUCUACCUUUACAAAAAAUACAAAGUCAAUCUGAAGACCAAUCAGGAAUGAGGACGUUAAUCCUCCAACAACCAGAGCAGCUGUUCAGGUUGUUGUAACUCGACUUACAGAAAUUAAAAACUGUUAAACUGACGUACUUUUUCAAUCAUACAUCGUAGAUAAACUGAGACAUUUACCUGAAAUCUGACCAGUUGAAAAUCUUAGUUUGUCUUUGAGCAACCAGCAGGUUCUGUUCUUCUUCAUCCUCAUUUUCUGGAGCUACCUCAGUAUUGUUCUGCCACCACUGCAACACACACAUCUUUGGCCAGUUUGCAUGACUUCAUGCUGUGUUUGACUUUUUGCGCUGCAGAUGUGAACAUCUUGUUCUCCUGUAAACGUUCUGUUGCACAAGUAGCAUGUUAUGUCCUGAGACUACACCUGGGUCUGUGUCUAUAGAUGAUGUCAGUAUUCAUGUGAUUGGUAUUUUCACACUUGUAGCUGUGGGAGAAGCUUGAUGUCCUGUUGCUGCAGCCUGUGAGUUAUACACUAAACUGUCACAUCUGGAUCCCACAAACACAGAGUCUCUAUAAUCUGACGAAAGUAAACUUGUUAAAGAAAUAUGUAAAGGGUGGGAAAAGUUUGUGUUAACCGAUAAAAAGAAACCUAGUCCUGAUUUACAGAUGCAUCGCCAUUGUUGAGAGACACAAAAUACUGUAGAAAUUUAGUUAGUGUCAAUAAAAGCUACAAAUACUAAAACAUGUUUAAAAGACCCACAUUCACAUCAGCACAAUCAUAAUCAAACCUAAAUCUUUACGAGAUACAAAGAGGCCAAUAAGUCGUAUUGUAGAAGCUAAACGUUCAAAAAUAAAACUGUAUUAUUGUGAUUGAAACGCGAGGUUUGUGGAUAGAACGAUCUGCGAGGAUUCUAGUCAGUCCAGUCAGCACAGUUGGUAUUUACCACUCAAGUUCUGCUAGAGAGAGGAGGUAGGGGGAACGCUUGGUGAAUCUUCUGUAGACCAUCUCAUCUGGGGAAGGUCAGGGUCAAGCACAGUUGACAUACAGUUUACCAUUUCGUCAGUUGUUUCCAGCUCCCAUACCAUUAUUUUUCACAAAAGGCAGGGAGUGGUGAGUCCUCUGGCAUGCUCAUCCUGCUAGCCUUCGGGUAUCACUUACCCUGAAUCAUUUCUGAGACCCUGAAAAGGGAAAAAAAUACUUUUUGUGACCAAUCAUCAUUUUGAGACCCUGAUUCAUCCUAGGAAUUGUUGGAUAUACCUGCUGCUAGGGUUGUGGAAAGAGUAAAUGCGCUCAUGAUGGAAAUACUAUCCACAAUCAUUGGGGUCAUCUCGAGCUCUGCCUGAGAACCUGCUGAAUGAAACCAUUUCCCAAGCUGAAGGUUGAACCAGGCGUCCAAAAAUAAAAACUAAGUAGGAACAAAAAUGGUAAUUUAUCUAUGCAACACGACCAAAGUUGGCUCAAGCUGAAGUGGUGUUGUUGUGUAGGUGUUAAGAUUUGAUGACUGUUGACAAGGACGUGUGUUGUUAUUAAUACUGCUGUAUGUACACCACUACUGUACCAUGUAUUGUUUUCUUUUUUUAUUUUCUAGACAACUCCUGAGAUGACGAUUAGCAGUGACGCUGGGGUUUGGGUUUGGUGUUGAGACGGGUGUGUGUGUGUGUGUGUGUAGGACAAAAUAGGGUUUGAAAUCUUUAAAAUAUAAUUGUGUGCCUUGCUCUACUGUUACUACUUCUACCUUUUUUUUGUUAAUUAAAACCACUGCUUUCCCAGUUAGGUGAUGAAAACAUGCAACAACAAAAAGAAAAAGAAACAAACAAAAACAGUUUCAUGCAAGGUUCAUGUUGAGCUUGUGUAUAUAUGAAAAGGUGUAAAACCUUGGUGUAAAAUGCAAAGGGAGGAAUGCUUGGUGUUUGUGUUUAUUUAUGUAUGUGACCUGUGAUGUGAAAUAUCUUUAUUAUUAGUAUUGGCCAUAAAGAGCUUGACUGCAUGGUUCCUGCUAACUACAAUGUAAAACCAACUGUUGACAAAUAAACUUAAUUUAUUGGAAAAACAAAA